AUGAGCUCUCCUCGUACUAAUCAUUGGCAAGCUGCUCUACAAAUUGUUCGAUAUUUGAAGAGAGCACCAGGUCAAGGACUUGUGUUCCAUAAUCAAGGUCAUCUUCGUAUAGCUGGUUAUUCCAACCCUGAAUCUUUGGAGGUAACAGGAUAUUCUGAUGCAGAUUGGGCUGGUUGCCCUAUGGAUCGCCGGUCUACUUCAGGAUACUGUGUAUUUCUUGGUGGUAAUCUUGUGUUGUGGAAAAGUAAGAAACAGUCUGUUAUUUCCCAAUCUAGUGCAGAGGCCGAGUAUCGUGCUAUGGCUAAUGUUACCAGUGAACUUCAAUGGGUUGUUAGUUGA